AUGUCAAGUCAAUCGAUGGAAAAGGAGCGCACCGACUCGGCAGAGGAUUAUGGCUCCGACUCUGCCCCCGAAUCAGUGCCUCCCCGCCGCGAGCGAAGACAAAUGCAACGAACACAGCGUCGCCCCCAGCAGAAGCAACAGAACGGACCUCUGGACCAGCUGCCCGUGGGCGGCGAGCUGGGACAGGUUGGACAGACAGCAGGCGGAGUGCUGGGAGGCGUGACGAACACGCUGGGCAGCGUCACGAACAAUGCCGUCGACCAGAAGGGCGGCGGCGACGGCGGGAAGAGCGACACGCUGAGGUUGCGGCUGGAUCUGAACUUGGACAUUGAGAUUCAGCUCAAGGCCAAGAUUCACGGUGAUUUGGAGCUGGCGUUGUUGUAA